UCUUGUUGGCCAAGCAGCUUGAGCAUGAAUGUGAAAGGCCAGCAGAACCUGGAUCUUCAUUUGCUGCAAUAAUAAUUAAAUGCGAGCUAAAAUCUCGCAAAAGUAUUUUAUUUAAGACAGAAUGCGUUGGAGAUAUUUCCCAAGAAUUAUAAGUAUCGUUUUUCGUCAUAUCUAAUCGAUUUAUGGUUGCAUCAGAACCGGGCCUAGCCCCUUGAUGGUAUGUUAUCAUAAGCAGGGUUGGUCAACUUCCGAGUUUACCUGCUGAAAUUUGGUUCAAGUCGUUAAAGAAACAUGGCGUCCCCAUCAUCACAAGGUAGAAGGAGAACUCCAGGAAAAUCUACCACCGAAGACCAGGCUCUAAAUGUUAUUGCAAGUGAGGCAGAAGCAAGGCUUGCAGCCAAGAGGGCUGCAAGAGCUGAAGCGCGGAUAAUCAGAAUGAAAGAGCUGGAAAGAAUGCAGCAAGAGGCAGAUGAAAAGAUGGACAGAGAAUACCAACGAAGUUUAAUCACAGAAGAUCCCAUCAAGCAACGGGCUGCACGAGUCACGGAAAAGUUACAGUCCAGACCCCCACCGUCAAACGACAACGAAAUGAACGGACCAGUCUCACAAGACACACAACUUCGCAAUUUACAGGAUAACCUUCGAGAAGUGAGUGAAAAGUAUAAGAAGGCAAUGGUAUCAAAUGCUCAGUUUGACAACGAGAAGCAAGCUCUUGCAUACCAAGUGGACUGUCUCAAGGACAGGCUUGAAGAGGCAGAGGAAGUGAUCGAAAAUUUAAAACAAGAAAUUUUAGACAAAACAAGGGAUAUUAAUCGUUUAUCAAGAGAAAACAAGAACCAUAUAGAAGAACUAGAGAAAGCACGAGAGCAGCUGAUUUUACGGGAUAAGCUGCUUGAGGAGCAUGGAAUACCAACGGAUGGCUCAGAACAGCCGGACAUAAGUCAAAAUGAGCUCGCAAAUCGAAUGAAUGACUCGGUGAAUUUAGAUUUAACAGAUUUCGAUACUUCAGCAACAAAUAAAAGUCGGGAAUCAAGUAGAAGGUCCUCAGCCCCGGAUGACAGAGACUCUCUUCUCGAACAGAUUAAAGUGUUAAAGGAGCAGGUUUCUGAUUUGAGAAGAAAUCCAGAAUAUGAUGAAGACAGAAUGAGAGAUUUUGAAAGCUUGCAAACCUCAGAUGAUCAAAUUGAACAAAUUUCUACUACUGGUGUCCCAGAACUUGAGAAAUCCGAGGCUUUUGAAGACGUGACUGAUGAAGCCAUCGAAAUUCGUGAUCGUUUGAGAAGUGGAAUGAUUGUGAAUAACAACGAGAGGAACGAAGAUUAUGACGUCAUUGAGCAAAAUGCGCGACAAGGAGAGCUCCCGAACUUUGAGGACAGAUCUUUCGAGUUGUCAUCAGGUCUGACAGAUAGUGUGACCGAGAGUGCGGCAGGAAGUAUGCAAGAGAGCUACAGGUCACACACAAUUAGCGAGAGUUAUGAGUCAGAGAAACCACUUGAAAUCAGCACACCUGUGGAGAUUGCCGCAUUGGUAAACCUAGAUGAGGCACAGAGCUUGACUAUACCCAAAGUCGAAGGUACUGCAAAGACAGUUACAGAAGAGUCUGAAAAGGAUCUGACAGACUACGACAUCGUUGAAUCUGCAACAGCAGCAUCAAAGGGUACCAUUAAAUCGACAGGUCCCCCCAAUGAAAGUGAAACUUUGCCAGUUGAAAACAAGCCUGUUGAUUCUGUGCAGGAGCAGGAGGAUAAAAAUCAGGAUCAGCUAGUGGCAAAUAAUGUGAAGGAGGGCUUGCUUGCGAGUGAUAAUGAAGCAGAAUUGAAGGAAGGGUUAUCGGAUAUCGUGGAUGUUUCUAAAGAUUCUCAAGCGGUGCUCAUUGCUCAACAAUCGGUUAUUGACCGAAUAAUGACGGGUGAUGAUGCAGCUGGCUCUGAUAUUGUCGAAAUAGAACUGUCUGAUACUGCUGUUCCGGUUUCAGAUGAGCAAGACGGUAAUGAAUGUUUUGAGGAACUGGAUGAUGCUUCUGUACAGCCGGUUUCUAGAGCAACAGAAGAACAAGCUGCUGAUACUUCUACAUUUGAUACGUACCAUUCCGCCACUGCUAAUAAUCAGCUGGAGAGUGAUCUCAUCUUAGAGACGACCCGUAAAAUGUCUGAGGUUGCUGUAGAAGCAAAUAAUACUGAAUUACUGACAUCAGGCCAAGAUGCUGUUAUUUUGGUCGAUGAUAUGAAAAGUGACAUUGUUGACAUCAGUUUGACAAAAGAUGCUGAUCACACUGUAGAUGAACAUGCAAUGCAAAUAUCUACGAUAGAGAAAAAACUUUCUGAAGAAGAUGAAGAUGAGUUUGAUUAUAUUGAGUCAGAUGACAUAUUUGUUGAUGCCAAGUCAGAUCUGAGUGAUGACUCGGUUGUUUCUGACACAAAAAUAGAAGAAACUGGUGAUAUUUCAGAGGCGAGGAGUCCUGAAGACCAAGUAACCAUUGUAUCAGAAUGUGACAGCAGUUUGGACAAGUCGGAAACAGUUGCAGAUGAGAAUGAUGGAGAUGAUGGAGAUGAGUUUCAAGACAGCAGUGAUCAACAAUAUUCAUGUAUAGAAGAUAGAGAUCGUGGUCCAUCUCGUGUUGAGCAAGAUGAAUGUGGGGAGAAAGAGGAAAAGGUUACAGUUGGGGAUCCAGAAAAUCAAGAAUGCCAGUCACAAAUCUUUGAAGACAUAAGUAGUCAGAGUGAAUCCGAAGCAAAUAAUAUCAGCACAGUUGAGUCGAAAGAGUCUGUAAGUGACACAAAUCAAACGAAGGAAGCUGCCUCUUCAGAAAAUGAGGUCACUGCAAUCACAGAUCAAUUGAAAAUUCACGAAGAAGCCAGUUUGAUUACGUGUGAUGAUGUAAACCUGGGAGAAAAUCCGAUUGAUUCAGCUAGACAAAAUACCGCGAAGAUAGAAGAAAAACAAAAACAGAGUACGGAUACAAUGUUAUCUGCUGUUGAAGUAACAAGUGACUCUCUCGAAGUGGUGGAGAGAAAUUUGGAUGAAAAAAAUGAAGUAGGAAAAGAUAUUGAUAGCAAAAGUUUGGAAGAGGAGGCUGUAAAAGAUAAUUGCGCGGAAUAUAAGAUUACAGAUACAGAUAGUUCAGCAGAUAAACCUGCAGAACAUAAGGAUAAUUUUGAAACACCACCAACUUGUGAUCAGCAGGAAGUGCAGGAUCGUUCGUCUGAUUCUGAGCCAACAGGUACUCAAUCCGCUGAAGACCAAAAAGAAGAAAUUACAGGUAAGAGUUCUGAUCUGAAAGAUGAUCAUCCUCACGAAUCAGUACCUGAUGAAGACAAAGAAAAUAAUGAACCAUCAAGCAUAGUAAAAGAUGAUUGUAUUGAGAUUGCCUCUCCAUUACCGUCCGAAGAAAGCCAGAAUAAUCAAGGCUCGGGAAUGGUGGAAACUUCUGGAAAGGAUGUCACAAAUUCUGACAGCGUGCCGAAGCUAGAAGAAGAUGAUCAAGCGAACGAAAGGCCUGAAGCUGAUAUCAAGUCACCAGAUAUAGAGGUGGAAGAAGUUGUCGAAAUUCCUGACAAGGACUACCCAUCCGAAGAACUUCAGCAAACACAGUCUUCAUCUGAAGGAAAGGUUGGUGACACGGUAAAUGAGGGAGGCGAUGCCGAAGAAACUGGCCAAGAUCAGCUGAUCACAGCCUUCGAAACUCGAAAAAGGUUAGGGUCGCUAUCGCCUGGCUCCAUACGUAAGCAAGUGUCCCCGGAACCAGUUCCAAAACAAAGAAAGAAAAAGAAAAAGAAGAAGGAAAAGGGCAGUGUAAUGAAAAUGUUUGUUCAGGAAUUAGCGUCAACUUCCUUCGAUUCGGGAAGCGGAAGCGAAGCUGCAGACCAACCUGAGAAAAUAGAAGAAAACCAGCGCAAGAAAGAAGAAAAGGAUCCAGGGGAAGAAACCACGCCAAUUGAAGAUUUGCAGCCACAGGGAGACGAACAGGUAGACACUGAAGGUAAUAUGUUAUCCGCUGGUGCUAAUGACUCUGCUCAAGGUAACCCCAGUGAAGAUGCUGGCGAGACUUCAGAAGAAGGAAUCAAAGGAAAGUCUAAAGACAAGAGCAAAUCGAAGAAAGAUUCGAAAAAAGAUGGAUGCAAGAGCCAGUGAUGCCAUUAGAUUUGAUUAGUUUUAUAGUCUCUAGAUCAGUGUUAUGAUUUCGACUGACGAGAAGACAUUAAUGAUAUGUUGUUCUUUAAUCAGAUAUUUACCGAUAACAAUUAUCGCGAGGAACAAGCUGGCUGAUUAAAGUUACGAAAUUUUAGCAAUUUUCGUAGCCUCAUUCAUGCCUUGGAAAGGAAGGCCUUCCGACUUUUUCACCUGAACAAUUAAAGAAACCUUUCAACAUUUUCUACCGCUCAAAAUCCUCCUUGCUGGAUUAGGAAACAUUUCUAUAUAACCCCCAGUUCAAACCAUACGGUUUUCAAUCGCAAGUAUAUAACCGUACAUAAGGUAGUAUUUUGCCUAGGAUCACAACGGUGCAAGAAGCAAAUUUUGAUUGCCCCUGGCCCAGUGGUGUCGUGGAGGGGGGCUCAGGGCGUUUUAGCCCCCUUCUUGAAAUUCAGAGAGAUAGGAUUUAACCCUUUAUUUUGCUACUGAUUGUCCGUGAAUGAGCAACUUCCUAUCAGUCUUUUUGAGCUGGUGAAUAGUUUGAAUGAGUUCAUAACACAACAGAGAAUAUUUAACAUUAAUGGAAGUAUAUAGGGUGCGGUCUUGGGUGUGGCUUCUAAAAGUUACCUAUAGCACAGUCCCUUUCCUAACUUUCUAGGACGGCAUCCCUGCUUCGUUCCCCUGCAUAUAUGAUAUCUGUAAUGUUUCUGCUUGAAUUUAAAGAUCAUAAUCUUGCCAUCUUUGUUUCAUAAACACCUCCAGUCAUACUCUUCACCGGUAUAUGCUCUUUUCAGUAUAAUUGAUUUGUUCGCCUAAAGACGUUACAAUGAUCGUGAUGUAUAUUAAACCAUUAGAAUUCAGCCGUUUGAGUACUUGUAUGGUCCAACUGCAAGUUUUUAUAAUUUGCAGUUGAAAACUUGUUUCUGUAAUAGUUGAUUGAUUCAUGGAAUUGUAAUUUUAUUUUAUGUUACUUGUACAGAGAAACCCCUAUUUAGGGACAUAAAGAGACAGCUUUGGGCUUUUUCACCAAGAUUUAUUUCAUCUGAUCACAACGAUUUAACAGCGGACAUCUCUACACAUUAGAUAUCUCCCUAAAACGGACAUCUCCAAAAAAGGAAAGCUUCCUUUAACAGUUGUCUCCCUACAACAUAUUUCUUCCUACAACAGACACCUCCCUAUCACAACACCCCCCCCCCAUCUUCUGAAAACGGAUAUCUCCCUACAACAGAGAUUUCCAAACUGACAGAAUCUCUGAUCACACAGAUGUCUGCUAUAUGGAGGUUUCAUGGAUAUGACUACGCACUUUAGAGAGUUUUCGUACUAGUCUAUUAGUUCUCUUAGCAUUCAGACUGAGACAUUUAUUUUGUCUGCACUUUCUGUAGCUUCGGUUCAUACGCCAGUUUGCGAAGAAAAUUUCAUCCAGUCGUGACAGCGUUGUCUUUCCCGCUCGUGAGACAAAAAGUAACUUGAAUUUAGUCAUUAAUGCACAUCAGCGUCUCUUUGAGGGAAGUACAAUUUUAUGUUGAAGAGGGAAGUACAAUUAUAUGUUGAAGUAUUUUACUUAUUGUUCUUCAUCGUUGUAUUGCAGAUGUAAUUUUUUUCUAAUUGUGUCGUUUUUGUAGUAUUGCAGUUGACAAAUUAUAUUGACACAGGGUUACUUGAAUGCUCA